AAACGACUCGCGAUGACGGAUAACAAGCAAAAAGUUCUCAUUUGCGGCGACAUCCGUGGCAGCUACAAACAAUUUUUCACCAAAAUUGACUCAACCAACAAGAAAGCAGGACCCUUCGAUCUCGUAUUGUGUGCCGGCUCCUUCUUCAGCGACACAAACAACGACGAAUUGGUUGCUUACAAGAACGGUUUCAAGCAUGUUUCGUGCCCGACGUACAUUUUAGGCCCAACAACCGAGGCUUCGAACGCCUUUUUCUCAACUUUAGACAUGAACGACGACGAAAUCUGCCAAAAUUUGUCAUAUUUGGGAAAACGCGGCUUGUACACGACUUCCAGCGGCUUGCGAAUCGCCUAUUUGAGCGGCACAGAAGCAAAAAGUGACGAAACUGAGACUCCGGCAUGGCAAUUUACGAAAAAAGACGUGAUUGCUGUUCGAGAUUCGUGUCUCGCGAGUAAAUCCAGUGGCGAAUAUCGGGGCGUUGAUGUCUUAAUAACCGCUCAGGAGCCAAAAUUGGGCGAAAAUGAAGGUUCUGUGUUGAUUUCAUGGCUGGCGCUUCAAAUUAAACCGAGAUAUCAUUUUUGUUCGAUGUCGGAAACGUACAAUGAGCGUCCCCCAUAUCGAACGCCAAGGGAUCAAACCACGUCAAUUGAUCUUUCGACGAGAUUAAUUACUUUAGCAAGUGUCACUAAUGCCACAAAAGCGAAAUAUUUGUACGCCGCCAACAUCCAGCCCGUGGAAAAAAUGCGCGUUAUCGAUUUGCUGCAAAAAACUACCGACGAAACGGAAUGUCCUUACCUAAAAUUGCAAUUUAAUGUCGAAACUUCGUCCGGAAUUAACAAAAAUCAGGAGCAAAAUCAAUUUUUCUAUGACAUGAACGAUCCGCAGGACUUCCAUGGCAAGCGACGACACGGCGGAAACAACCACGGACAUCAAAAACGCCCGCGCCAACAACAAUUCGACCAAGAAAAAUGCUGGUUUUGUCUCUCGUCGCCCGACGUCGAAAAACAUCUCGUCAUCACGGUCGGCGAAAACUUUUACAUGGCGAUGCCCAAAGGUCCCAUCAACGAAAAUCACGUUUUGCUGCUCUCCGUCAACCAUAUUCAGAGUUCCGCGCUUCUCUCGAACGAAAGUUGGGAGGAACUUUUACGUUUUAAAGACGCUUUGCGGAAAUUUUAUGCCUCCAUUGGACAAGUUGUCUGUUUUUUCGAGAGAAAUUACCGCACUUCGCAUCUUUUAAUUGACUGUAUUCCGUUGCCGAAGACCCUGGAAUGGCAAAUUAAGCUCACAAUCAACGACAAAAGCGACGAAUAUAAUUUGCAGAUGGAAACGGUGCCGAAUUUGAUGGAUCCGACAGAUUUACCCGACCAUGGACCUUAUUUUUCGAUUGAACUUCCUGAUGACUCGGUGAUGUUAACGCGUCAAAUGAAGAAUUUUCCGAUCCAGUUAACAAGGGAGAUCAUGUGCGCCGAAACUUUGCUGAAUGACGAGUCGAAAAUCGAUUGGCGGGAAUGUAAAUUGUCAAAAGAUGAAGAACUUGAGUACGUGAAGCAGUUUAGACUGAAAUUCGGGCAUUUUGACUUUAAUUUAGACGAGUUCAAAGAAUAAUUUAAUUUUUC